UUAAAUUAAUACACUGAUUCAGAAUACCGACUAAAACGACAGCGUUUUGUUUUCAAUACAGAUUCUAAACCCAUCUCCACCACCGGCAGCAGCUAACCAUAAUUACCAAAAUUAAAACCAUGGCGAUGGAGUCCGUCCAGUUCGUCAAAGGCUACGGCAAACUCAAUCCCUCCGACGACCGCCCCCAAAUCAACCGCCAACUCCGCCGCAGAAUCAUCGCCGUCGCCCUCAUCAUUUCCCUAACCCUAAUCGCCGCCUCCCUCGUCGUCGCCGCCGUCAUCCGCCACAACGCCGCCAAGCCCAACGAAUCCAAACCCUCCGACCUCGCCGGCGCCGGCGCCGCCGAGUCGCUCCGAACCGUUUGCGCCGUGACUCGGUUCCCCGAUUCCUGCAUCUCCUCCAUCUCCCCCCUCAAUUCGCCGCCGGCCAAAACUCCUCUCGCCUUCUUCAACCUCUCUCUCCGAGCCGCCGCGGUCGAGGUCUCCGGCCUGAAGGACCUCGCCGGCCGGUCGGAGAAGCCCGAACCGGCGGCCAGAGACUGCGCCGAGCUGGUCGACGACUCGGCGAGCCAACUCGGGAGAUCGGCCGAGUUGAUGAUCCGCGUGGAGAACGUGUUGACGGAGAUGAGUGUGAGCAGCUUGCUGACGUGGAUUAGCGCGGCGAUGACGGAUCUUGACACGUGUCUUGAUGGGCUUGAUGAGACUGGAUCGACGGCUCUCGUUGAUUUCAAGAUGAAGGUGAAGAAGUCGGAGGAGUACAUGAGCAAUACGUUGGCGAUUCUCAAUAAUAUGCAAAGUUUGUCGGACAAGUUUGGCCUCAAAACGCCCUGAUUGGUGGAUUUAAAUUUUAUUUUUUUAAAUAAAAAAAUAUAUUAUUUCUUUCCUUUGGAAUUUAUGUAUUUUACUAUUUUUGUAUUUAAAUACUUUUUCGAUAAUAUUGAAAGAAUUGAUCCACUUUAUAUUCCAGUACACCAAA